AUGGCCCGCACUUUCUAUGAGGACGAGGAAUCCGUCACGCCCCUGCCGGGCACAACCAUUGCCGCCAGUGAAUCCGAGCUCAAGGCCCUAGGCCCAAACACAAUCAUCAACGGAACCUCCAUCCGUUCACCAUCCUUCAUCCAAUCAAAGAUCGAGUCUGCCAGAGGACAGAUCAACUCCGCCUACGACCAGACAACCAAGUCCCUCGAUGACGUUACCGCUGCCUACCACGCAAAGGAAGAGCACUUCACCACAACGCUUGCGAACCUGCACAACAAGAGCGAAGACGUGCUGUCGAGUGCUCAGUACAUCGCCGUUGCCGGGCUGUUUGGCCUCAUCGUGACGAGACGUUCAAACGUCCUGUUGAAGACCGUCACGCCCUUGGUGCUCUCUCUGUGCGCCUUCAAGCUGUUCAUGCCGGGCACCUGGAACAACACCCUUGGCUUUGCCCACGACAUUGAGAAGAAGAAGUUCCCACAGCUGGCGGUGAAGCAGGAGAACCUCAUAAACCACACAAACUCGCUGAUAUCAGACACUGAGACUAAGACCAUCGACGUGCAAAAGUCCGUCGAGUCCCAGUGGAAGGCGCUCGCAGACUCCUUCAAGAAGCUCACUGGGCUGAGAAUCGGUGAAGAUGCCACCAAGAAGUGA